GGAGGGAGGGCUCCGCCAUGGGCAACGGUGUGUUCUCGCGCAGGCAGCGGCGGAUCUUCCAGGGCCUGCUGCUGCUGACGGUGGCCUGCGGACUGCUGUACGGAGCCAUGCUCUCCUACGAGAUGCGCCAGCAGCUGCGGAGGAGCGAGGCCAUGGCGCUCAAGUACCAGCAGCACCAGGAGUCUCUGUCGGCGCAGCUGCAAGUGGUGUACGAGCACCGGUCCAGGCUGGAGAAGUCUCUGCAGAAGGAGAGGUUGGAGCACAAGAAGGCCAAAGAAGACUAUCUUGUUUACAAACUUGAAGCUCAGCAGUCUCUGAACAAGGAGAAGCAGGACUCCAACAGCAGACUGAACUCCAUGCAAGUGCAGCAUCAGAUGUUGAAGAACCAGCACGAGGACCUGAAGAAGCAGUUCUACGACCUGCAGGAGCAGCACCACAUGCAGGGGGAGGAUCACAAUCGGGCUCUGGACGAGCACAGAGAUCGCUACGAAAAACUGCAUCAGAUCAAGGAGACGGAACUGUCCCAGCUGAAGGACACCGUUUUUAACCUAAGAGAAGAAAAUAAGCAUCUAAGGAAAGCUCACCAUGAGAUUCAUGUUCAGCUUCAGGAUGCGCAGGUCAAGCACCAGGAUCUGAAGGUGGCUCACGACCAGCUGGCAUUGACGCUGGAAGACCACAAGAGUGCGCUGGCUGUUGCUCAGGCCCAGGUGAGCGAGUUCAAACAGCUGCAGGAGCAUCAGGAGAAGGUCCAAAGUAUGAAGCAAGCAGAACAAAAACCUGCUCCGCCACAUUUCCAAGCUGGUUUUGGAGCGCUGGGGUCGCAGGGCCGUGAAGUCCAGCACGAGGCGAUCACCCCGUCAGCCGUGAGAGAAGAGGAGCACGCUCAGCCCAAGGUGGAGUCUCCACCGACCGAGUCACGUCCUGUGAAGGAGGAUGGAGAGGGAGAGGCGGAGAGGAGGAGGGAGCUGGCGGAGGAGGAGAUGGCGCAGGCAGGUCAGCCUCAGAAGCUGGAAGAGGACCCCGACCAGCAGGGGGAGGAGGAAGGAGUGGAGCCAGAAGAAGAGCAGCCGGAUGAGAACGCGUUAGACUUCCACCGAAAACAGGUCAGGGCUGGAUCAGCAGCAGAAGACCACCUGAUGGAUGUGGCCCUGCUGUCAAAUGAGAACCUUUGUCUUUCUUGUGAUGGGAAGGGCUCGCGUCAGGAGGUGGAGCGCGUCAAGUCAGCUUACGAGCAGCAGCUGGAUCAGCAGCGUCUGGAGGCUCAGCGCGCCGAGGAGCGGCGCAUCAUCCGCCUGCGACAGGACGCCCUGCAGUCCCAGCAAGAGAAGGUUCUGAGGGAGAGGGAGGAGCGGCUGAGAGCGGAGCAGGAGCGAGAGCAACAGCGUCAGCGGGAGGCGGACCGGCGCCAGCGCCUCCUGCAGGAGGAGCAACAGAGGAGGAGGUCCCGCUAUGAAAGCAUGGAUCAGGAUACUGUCCACGGAGGAGACCAGCAUCAGCCUGUGGACGAGGAAGACACUGACAUGUUGCAUGAUGAAGUGAAGCAAGACGUCGACCACAGAGUUCCACCGCGUCAGCAGGGGGCUGCUGAAGACCUGGACCCCGAGGACGACCCCAACAAUCAGGGAGAAGACGAGUUCGAGGAAGCCGAGGACGAGCGCUCCAACCACAGGGUGGCUGAGGAGGAGGAAGACGUUGUGGAGGAAGAGGAGGAGCCAGCAGCACCGGCCAAGCACCAAGGCCCCGGACCAGCUGCUGUGGAGGAGGAACUGGUGAUGGCUGGGAACCCUGACCAACAAGAGGACAACAUUGAUGAGCAGUACCAGGAGGAAGCUGAGGAUGAGGCUCAAGAGGACGUCGCUGCUGGGCAGAAGAAAGAAGAGGAGGCCGAAGAGGAAGAUCCGUACAAUGAGGAGAACAUGGAGCAGGACCAAGUGAAAGCUGAGCACAAGAAAAGCCUGGACAAUGCUGAGGAGGAAAACUAUGAAGAAGAGGAUGAGGAGGCGGAAGAGGACGGAGCUGAUGGAGGCAGGGGGACCAACAGGAGAGCAGAGAUGUGAGACGCUCAAGUGAGGAGGUGACUGCCCGCCGGAGCAGUCAAAGCCAGGACCGUGGCCCGGCUGCUGGAAGGGAUCCGCCCACCCUGUGCAAACGGACCAUAGAGAGGGGGCUUUUAUACGUUUUAUACGACUGUGUGUGUGUGUAUAUAUAUAUAUAUAUAUUUGCCUGGUCGCCGAGCUGCCUGACGGUGUUUCUACAGAGAAUGUAUUUUUUCACUCGCUGCCUCUGACGUCUGCGUCAGGCCCAGCUGAGUUACUCCUCGGAUGUGUUAUUUAUUGCUCACCUUACUAAGCGACAAUCAUAGAGGGGGCCUGUGAUGGCGGCGACGUUGGUCCGGAGUCUUCAUUCCUUUCAUUUCAAAGUUUUCACAGCCGUGCCUUCACACUUUCCGGAGCUGGAGCCUUCGCCGAGCUUUGAGAGAUGUUUGCUGAGGAAUAUUUAAGCCUGAUGCUAACGUGCGCCAGUGACCGCGUGUCUUUGUUGUACAGGGAAGUAAAUGCUGUCGAUUUCUACUGAGUCUGGCUGUCAAACUCUUUGUUUGUGGAACA